GGCCCUUCUCCCUCCAGGUAAACCACUGUCCCGUGAUUCGCUACCAGGAAGUAGCUUACAUUUGGCCCUUCUCCCUCCAGGUAAACCACUGUCCCGUGAUUCGCUACCAGGAAGUAGCUUACAUUUGGCCCUUCUCCCUCCAGGUAAACCACUGUCCCGUGAUUCGCUACCAGGAAGUAGCUUACAUUUGGCCCUUCUCCCUCCAGGUAAACCACUGUCCCGUGAUUCGCUACCAGGAAGUAGCUUACAUUUGGUCCUUCGACUGCCCAUGACCGGUUUAUAUGGAACAGCAGCAAAGUAACAUGCUUCGUACUCCACCCAACGUCUCGAAUGUGAAUCCCCACGUGGGGGAAAACGUUGCUGCUCAACCGGACGCGAUUCCAGAGAACAAAUCUGUCGCCUCUGGUGCAUCGAGAGAACCUGCGAAGUCAACGAGAACCCGAACAUCGCGAAGCAGCAGGACUGACAGUCAAAUCAAGCUCUUGGACCUGGAAGAGCAGAAUGAGGAGGCUGAACUGCGAGCUUCCAUCGAGCGGGACAGGAUCGUGGCUGAGAAGCAGCUUGCUGAACUGCAGAUUCAACACGACCUGGCACUGAAGACCGAGCAGCGGAAAGCGGAGUUCCUGAAGCGGCAGCGAGAACGCGAUUUGAGGAAGAUCGAGCUGCAGUCUGACUCAAGUCACCGAUCGGGUACAUCGAGCAGAUCGAGUACCUACACCGACGUCUCGAAGCGCGUUGCAGAUUGGCUUACCGAAUCCGAUAUGGUCAGACCAACCAACGUGCAUGAAUCGUCCCACUGGAUAGAUCGUCCGUUCCUACAACAUCGCGAUGCAGGGAAUGCGUCGCCCCCCGACGUCUGGAAUGCACCGCCUCCCGGCACAUGGAAUACGUCGGCCCCCGGCGUGCAGAAAGCCUGGAACCCGGCCACAUGGAAUGUGCCAGCCCCCGGUGCGCGAAAUGCGUCGGCUCCCGGCGUGCAGAGAGCUGUAAACCAGGGUGCAUGGAAUGCACCAGCCCCCGGCCUGCGGAACGCGCCAGCAUCCGACGUGCGGAAUGCGUCGGUACAAGAACCCGCUGUAAAUGAGGUUCUGUCGCAAGCAUUCAGAGCACUACAAGGUAGGAACAUGCGAGACUUGCCCCCCUUUUCCGGCGACAUCAUGGAGUGGACCGUUUUUGAAAACGACUUCAGAACAUCCACCGAAGAGUUUCAGCUGUCGGACCGUGACAAUCUUCGACGACUGAACAAAGCGCUUCACGGAAAAGCAAGAAAAACUGUAGAGUCGCUGCUCUCAUCGCCUGACAACGUGGAGCAGAUUAUGCGAAUGUUGAAGUCGAACUUCGGCCGCACUGAAUGGGUGGUGGCGAACCGACUGGAGGCGCUGAGAAACCUGGAGACCGUAAAAGAGGGAAACAUCGAGUCCUUCCGUGCCUUUUACAAUGCGGUAAUUGGUACCAAGGUGGCGAUGACCAACGCGAGGGCGGACAACUACCUGAUGAAUCCCGAACUCAUAUCGCACCUGGCUGAAAAACUGCCUGCUUUCAGCAAACAGAUGUGGGUUCGGCAUAAGGCCGCUCUGAUGAAGGAAGGAGUCGCCAUCGAGUUCGACACUUUCUCUCGUUGGUUGGAGGAUGAGAUGGACAACCAGCUCGCGAGUCUCAACCCUGUAUUCAGCGUUAAGAAGGCCAGCUACCAGCCGAAGCCGAAGCCGACAGUCCUGAACGUCAACAGUCGCGACGAAAUGGUAGCGAAGAAGUGUCCUUUGUGCUCCGCAAGCUCUCACUCUGGCCUGGAGAAGUGCGAGCAGUUCCGGAAGCUGUCGGUUAUCCAACGUCGAUCUGCUGCUAACUCCUGCAAGGUCUGCUAUAUCUGCCUGAAGUUCGACCAUGCGAGGAAGAACUGCAAGUCCGAGAAGAAGUGUUCCAUCUGCAAGAAGAACCACCAUGAACUGGUCCACACCGACGAACCUGCAAGGAACUCGAGGAUCAGUCGUACGGACGCGGCGAGUAGUGACGAUAAUGUCUGCAACUUCAACGGCAAGAACACGAACACACUGCUCCGAGUUGGAAAGGUUAAGAUUCGUGGUCCACAAGGCGUCGCUGAAGUAUUUGCGCUCUUCGAUGAAGGUUCGUCUCUCUCGAUGAUGGAUGCGGCUGUGGCAGAGAGCCUCGGAUUGCGAGGACCGAUUGCUCCUGUGACCUACCGCUGGACAAAUGGGAUCCUGCACAAAGAGGAACAGUCGAUGAUGCUCUCGUUCCGAAUUUCUGGACCUUCCGAUCAAGCGAAGUGGUACGACGUGAACAAUAUCCAAACGGUGACAAACAUCGCCCUGCCGGCGGUGAAGUUCGACAUGGCGAGAGUAAAGCAGCUGUACCCCAUGCUCGAUGAAGAGAAGCUGGCUGCGAUCCAAGAUGCCUGUCCCUGUAUGCUGAUUGGAUCGAACAACGCAGGUCUGAUUGUGCCUCUGAAGACGGUGCAAUACUCAUUGGAUGGUUUGCAGCUGACUCGAUGCCACCUUGGAUGGACAAUCCAUGGAGUAGUGGACCCAGCCGGCGCCGGAUCGAGCAACCAUCAUGCGUUCCUGUGCUCCGAAGACGACGACAUCGAGCUUACAGAUCUGGUGAAACAGAUGUACAAGGUUGAAGAUUUCGGGAUCUCUGGCCAGUCGGUGAAAAUAGCCGACGAAGAUCAACGAGCACUGGACAUCAUGCACCGUACCAUUACACGGCGUGGUGAUCGUUUCGAGGUUGGCCAGAUAUACAGGUACAACAACUUCGUCUUCCCGGAUAGCAAGCCUCAAGCCCUACGACGUCUCCAGAUUAUGGAAAAGAAGAUGGACUCAAAUCCUGAUUUCGCUGAUCGGUACUGCAAGAAGAUCCAGGACUACGUCGACAAAGGAUACGCCAGGGAAUUGGAACCUGGUGAGCUAGCUGAAACUCCGAACACCUGGUACCUGCCGCAUUUCAGCGUGGCGACUGAUGAGAAGUUCCGCUUGGUGAUGGACGCCAAGGCAAAGUCGCACGGUUUUUCCCUGAACGAUCUGCUACUGAAGGGUCCCGAUUUCGUCCCUCCGCUGAUCGCGGUCCUGAUACGGGCCCGAAUGAAGAAGAUUGCCUUCGUUGCGGACAUACGGGAAAUGUUCCAUCAAGUCCUCAUCCGCAGAGAAGAUCAGGACUCCCAGCGAUUUCUUUGGCGUGGCAUGAAUCGCACGGACCCUCCUAACGAGUACGUUAUGCAGGUGAUGAUAUUCGGCGCAGUGUCGUCUCCGUCGAUGGCACAGUUCAUCAAGAACUUCAAUGCGAAGGAGCUAGAAGAAAAGCACCCCGGCGUCGAGCGAGCUGUCGUGAAGCAGCACUAUGUCGACGACUACUUCGACUGCGCGGACACUGAACAAGAAGCCAUCGAACUGGUUCAGCGUGUCAUUAAGGUGCACGAUCAAGGCGGAUUCAAGCUAAUGAAGUUCUCGUCAAACUCCCGUGCCGUGUUGGCAUCUCUCGAUCCGGAAAUCGUCGCGGACAAGGAGAGCGACGUUCGUGUCCUCGGAAUCGAGUGGGACCUGCAGUCCGACGAAUUCGUCUUCCCGCUAGACUUCCCAAAACUGGAUCAGCGAUUCCGGACAGCUGAAGCCGUGCCCACGAAGCGGCAACUGCUGAAAUUCAUGAUGGGUAUCUUCGAUCCACUGUGCUUGCUCAGUCCGAUCACGAUUCAGCUGAAGAUCAUCUUUCAAGAGCUGUGGCGACUGCAGUCGGGAUGGGACGAUGAGAUUCCUGAUGGUCUGGUGCCGAGAUGGAUGGAAUGGCUGAACGAAACUGCAAGACUGGGAGAAAUUCGACUACCGCGGUACUACCAUCCGGCGGUGCCAUCCUUUAGUGAUGUUGAACUACACGCUUUCUGCGACGCGAGUGACAAAGCUUAUGCCUGCGUGAUUUACAUGGUCCACCGCCGAAAGGAAAGAUCACAUGUUGCGCUGGUGUACGCGAAAUCAAGAGUAGCACCCCUGAAGUCGCAGACUGUGCCGCGACUAGAGCUACAAGGAUGCGUCCUGGCAAGCCAGAUGAUAAGCGUUCUUCAAACGGAGAUCAUGAUCGACAUUACCCGGCUGUACUUCUGGACCGAUUCGAAGAUCUGUUUGUGUUGGUUGAAGUCGGAUCAGAAGUUGACGGCCUAUGUCGGCGCACGCGUAAUGAAGAUUAAGGAGAAUGGUCACGGAGUGCAGUUCUGGCACUGGGUUCCGUCGCAGCUCAACGUGGCGGAUUUGGCAACGAAGUAUUCGAAGAUUGGCAGCAUGCAGGAAUGGCUGCGUGGCCCAGACUUCCUCUACCGGGAUAGCUCUACCUGGCCGGUCGACGAAUCGUUGGAAAUGUCCUCCGAAGAGUUCACGAGCUUCCACUCCGAAAUAACCGUCAAAGAUGUGGCCGGACCGCUAUGCUGUGCGGCGUUCAAAGAAAACUUGAUCGAUCUACCCGACAUCGCCAGGUUCUCGGAUUUCAACCGGCUGAUCAGGUCAACUGCGUACUACCUGAAAAUGAGAAGACUGUUAGUUUUGCCGAAACGAGAAAAGCCUGAUCGGUUGACGAUCAAUGUUCGUGACAUGGAUGAAGCAAGAAAAGAGUGGUACAGGAAAGUACAAUCGGAGACCUUCGAAUCCGAGCUGCGUAGCUUAAAGAUGUCAGGCUACGUGAAAAGUAGCAGUCGUCUGAAAACAUACUCCCCGUUUCUCCACGAUGGAAUCAUUCGGAUGCGAGGUCGUGUCCAAGAUGACAGCAAGCCGUUCGAGGUGAACAACCCGGUGAUCCUUCCCGACGGCCAUCCGUUCUGUACGCUGCUGAUCCGGAUGUAUCACAUUGCCAACGCACAUCAAGGCCUGGAAACCGUCAUCAACAACGUCAAGGAGCGCCACCGGAUACUGAAGAUCCGUUCGCAGGUGAAGAAGUACACGAUGUCCUGUGUGAAGUGCCGAGAGCUGAGAACGAAGCCAACCGUUCCGCAGAUGGGAAUCCUGCCGCCGGCACGAACAACCCCGCACGUGUAUCCGUUCACCUGUACUGGCAUCGAUUACUUCGGGCCGCUUUCUGUAAAGGUCGGCCGGCGCGUGGAGAAAAGGUGGGUUGUGCUGUUUACCUGCAUGACGUCGAGAGCAGUACACCUGGAAGUGGUGCCAUCGCUCGAUACGAACAGCUGCCUAAUGGCAAUACGCUGUUUCAUGUCUGUCCGUGGACUGCCGCAGUGCAUCAUGACCGACAACGGUACCAACUUCACCGGUGCCGACCAGGAACUGAGGACGCUCGUAAAGUCACUGGACCAGCCGCAGAUUGAGGAGUCGUUGAGCGUUAGAGGAGUACAGUGGAAGUUUAUACCCCCCGGUGCUCCACAUUUCGGGGGAUGCUGGGAGCGAUUAGUCCGCUCCGUCAAAACUGCACUUGGUGCAAUGCUGCGAGACCGACACCCUACGGACUUGGUGCUCCGGACGGCGUUGUGCGAGGCGAUGAACACUGUCAACAAUCGGCCGUUGACGCACGUUGCGGACGACCCCCUGGAUCCUGAACCGUUAACACCGAACAUGCUGCUACUCGGACGGAACAACGUGAUCCAGUUUGACCACGAUUUUGACGAACGGGACCUGGACUGUCGUGCCGCCUACAAGCAUUCCCAGAUCUAUGCGGAUCGUUUCUGGCGCAAGUGGGUGGCCGCAUAUCGCCCGGAGCUCAUCCGGAGUCGCAAAUGGCCGGACAACAGGAGGUAUCACGAGUACAAGGUUGGUGACAUUGUGAUGCUGGUGGACGAGACUCUACAUCGUGGUAACUGGCCAAAGGGCGUGGUAGAGAAAACCUACCGUGGCCCGGACGGAAAAAUAAGAACUGUUGAGAUACGAACUGCGAAGUCACGGUACAAGCGACCCGUCAGCAAGGUUGUGUUGCUGCAACCCAUCAGUUCGUCUUCUGGCCCGGAGAAUGUUGCGAACAAAAAUAGCCAAGCAUACAUUUUUACUCGGGCACCGCAGGCGCCCGACGUCGAGCCAACCGUCGUUGCCACGUGAGCGGGCUGCCGUCGUUGCCGUAGCAACGACCCAGCCGCAAUCGCAGCAAGCGUGGGCUGAAUUUGAAUUUUUAGAUUAGAAGUGAAAAAACUGUGACGCGACCUAGAAGUGAAAUUUUCCCAACGCGUAGGAAACUAAAUUGAAUUGUAAAACUCUUUGUUAAACUAGUUAAUAAUAGUAAUAAAUUAAAUAACAGUUAACAUAAAGCGUGUUAUUAGUGAAUUGCGUGAAAUACCAGUUUGAGAAGUAGGUUGAAGUGAACCCGGGUGAAGGUGAUUAGCUGUGGACAAAAUCAUCCUACCUGCGUCUGCCCCCUGAUUAGUGCACGUGUAUCGGGAGCCUGUUGGAGCCGAAUCUGGUGCUCCUCCCCCGCAACCACGUAACUACCCUGAAACAGAGCAGGUAAACCACUGUCCCGUGAUUCGCUACCAGGAAGUAGCUUACAUUUGGCCCUUCUCCCUCCAGGUAAACCACUGUCCCGUGAUUCGCUACCAGGAAGUAGCUUACAUUUGGCCCUUCUCCCUCCAGGUAAACCACUGUCCCGUGAUUCGCUACCAGGAAGUAGCUUACAUUUGGCCCUUCUCCCUCCAGGUAAACCACUGUCCCGUGAUUCGCUACCAGGAAGUAGCUUACAUUUGGCCCUUCUCCCUCCAGGUAAACCACUGUCCCGUGAUUCGCUACCAGGAAGUAGCUUACAUUUGGCCCUUCUCCCUCCAGGUAAACCACUGUCCCGUGAUUCGCUACCAGGAAGUAGCUUACAUUUGGCCCUUCUCCCUCCAGGUAAAC